AGUAUGUUUUCAAUUUUAAAUAACUUUUGUCUGUAGAGUUACAUAACUAUCGAGAAGUACUUAAGACUAAAGUGACAUGUCAUCUCACUAAAGCAGUAGUUCAAGGUGAAGCUCGUGUUGGUAAAACCGCUUUUAAAUCACUUCUUCUGGAUGAAAAGUACAUCAAAGCAAGUACUGGUAUUGCUGAGCCAAGAGUUGGCAUUCAUCGCUAUAGAAUAAAUGAGUCCCGAGACACUGGGAAACGAUAUGAGCUAUUGAAUGUCACAGAGUUAGAAAUAAUAGUUAAAAAUGCUUUGAAAAAAGUUGCAUUAGAAAAACCGAUCAGUUCUCCAGUAGAAAAUGAAGCUAGGGAUGGCAACGAUGGAAAUGAAUCACGUGACGUAGGAAAUGAAACACCCAACCAGGCCAAUGAACUUGUUGAAGGAAAUGAAGCCACUGAUGGAGACGGAGCACCUGGUGAAGCAUCUGGCAAUGAAAACAAAAGCUUGCAAAGUAAAGUAGUAGAGAAAGUAUUUAAAGGAGUGCAGGAAUGUUCAGGGGAGGAAAACCAUCUUGAAGGUGCACGUUGGCUAUACCUCAUUGAUACAGGAGGUCAAAUCGCUUUUCAGAAGUUGCUUCCAAUUUUUAUGCCGUUUGCCCAAAUUCUUAUUCUUGUUGUUAAUAUUUCAAAAGAGUUAUCUAGCCAAGCCACUGCAGUGAUGCACAUUGAAGGGGAAGAUUACAGUGAUGGCAGUCCAUACCGUUUACCAGUUGAAGAAAGUUUAAAGCAGAUAAUCUCUUCAAUAGCUUCUGGCAUGAAGCAUUUCAGGAAUAGCUAUAAAGAUCAUGAAGUUCUACACGAUUUAGUUCCAAAAAAUUUGGAGAUUCUCACGAUUGGUACACACAGGGAUGAAUGCAUCAGUGAUAAACAUGCAGCAGAGUCUAAACACGCAUUGAAAAUAAAAUUAGCAGAAAUAAUUUAUGCAAAUAAAAAUUGCCAAUCUGCUGGAGAUAAUGUAGUUCAAGUACAUGAAAUUGAUGGUCGUAUUGCUGAAAUUACUGUUGAAAGCCGAAGAGAAACCAAUGCCACUACUGAAAAAAGAGAAUUUGAUGAUAAAGGUGCAUGUACAUGGAAUUCUUUGGAUACAGUAAAUGAUAUCUUGAAGGAAAGUGAAAAAAAGAUCAACAUUCCAUUUUUUUAUUUCUUCUUUGAUAUUGUACUUCGCGUUGCAGUAGAGCAGGGAUGUGGUAUCUUACAAUACUCCACCUGUAAAAGUCUUGGGGAAGAAUUAAAACUUUCAGAAGAUGAAGUGCUGGAGUCUCUUAAUUUUUUGCAUCAGAUCAACAGUAUCAUUUAUUAUCAUGAUUCUAAAUCCUGCAGUGACCUGGUGUUUGUUAACAUAGGCAGCCUUACUGGUAUUCUCCAUCAGUUGGUUGGGCGUGUUUACCAGGUUCACUCCAAUAAAGAAAUAUACGCUGGAGACAAGGAUGGAAUUAUAAAGGGAAUGCUUUCAGAGUCCGAGUUCAAAAAGAUUUGUAAUAAAAGACUCGAUCCCAUUGAAAAAGAGCUAAAAGUUGCUGAUAUAGCAACAAAGUUGCUGAAUCUUUUUGUGGAGCUCUCAAUAGCUACACCAAUAGAUGAUAAAUAUUUCAUACCAGCUCUCCUUCCAGUAAGAGAUGUUACAGAUAUCAAUCCUUUUAAAGAUCGUGAGCCAUUGCUGUUUUACUUUGAAAAGGCAACCCCAAUGGGCCUCUUCUGCUCUGUCAUCACUCGUCUUCUUUCCAGCCCUUGCUACAAAAUUGCUUCAAUAGAAGGUAAUUUCUCUAAUUACAUUGAGUUGAGAUAUCGUACAGAAGGAGUUAAAUCAUUCUACAUUGUUCUAGUUGAACAGAUCAAUUGCAUUGAAGUCCAUUGUCAGAAACAGAGAGGGGAAGGGAUAGUAAGGGAAGAUGUAACAGAAGCGAUCAGUUUUGCAGCUCAGAAACAUCAUCUCAGUGACAGUCCAGAUCUCCGAUUUUAUUGUCCAUGUAAGUGUGGCACUGGAAGUGCUGGUACUGGUGAAAGUGGAACUGCUGGUGCUGGAGGAGGAGGUGGUGCUGGUGGUGGUACUAGUAUUGGUGGAGGUGUGUCAAAAGGGAAGAAGCAUACAGUUGAAGUUGAGACUGUCAAUAAGAAGCAUACCUUCCGAUGCAGUGAAAACCCACUUACUGAAUGGGAAGAUGAGAAACCAUGGUGGAACUCCUGGCUUGACACUGGUAAACCAAACACUCCAACUUCUAAUGAUGAGUCAACUUCUCCUACGAAGCAAAGUACAGUGAAAAGACAUCUAUCUGAGACAGAGAGCUCUGGUUCUUCACAAUGUAAACGUAGACAUGUUGAUGAAGAAAUUGAUAGCAGGGAGCUUUCUAAGAGAACAGUCCAAAAGAUAUUUCAUUCUUCUGCUCACCAUUACAUGCUGAUAGGGACUGGAUUGGGUGUAAAUGUAGCAGAUCUGAAAGACACAGAUGACGCAACUAAUAAUCUUAUUAAAGUCUUCCAGAGGUGGUUUGAUGCCAGCAAAAAUGUCAGUUGGGAUACUUUGAAAAAACUUUGUAAAGACUAUCCUCAGGUACUGGGCAAAGCAGAGGAUGAACUAAAUAAAGUACUUGGCAGCCAGUCUUCUUAAAAGAAUGAUGCCAGCUCCUCAUAUUUGAAUUAUUA